UAUGCUUAAAAACAUAAGAGCAUUUUGUUUCGUUUUUCUAUUGACAUCCUUACGUUCUAGGUGACGGAAGUUUAUCAAACAUGGACGCCCAAGCACAAAGCAUACUGGCGACAAGGAUGUUUAUCAACAUCAGCAUCCUUUCGAUUGCUCUCAAUGCAUCCUUCUUCGGUUACCUAUUGUACAGCAAUCGCCUAUACGAUGUCGGAAAGUGUUGCACAUCUUUCGUUCUAGUCAUUCUUCCUCUCUCGGAGCUACUGAAACAUUUCUACAUAACGCGAACGUUCCUGCCGCACACCGGCGUGAAGUCGACCGCAGCAUCAUCAUCCGGAAGAACUACAUUACCUUCUGGUGCGAAAAAUAACCGAAUACGGGGAAAAGAAUGGUUUGGUUCCAGUGUAUUAUUCAUCCUUACUACACUGUUUUACGCCUUUAUUUGUGUCGUUUUGGGAGCGCCGUUGGAUCAGUACGAAGAAACAUUUUCCCUGGCACUAACACUGACCACGGUGACCAUUUUCCCAAUCAUGCUGUUAUUAGGGCAGUCGCAGACAUACCAGUUGCUUCUUUCUGAGACCCUUGAACUGAAAAACCAUCUCGCUAACAGCUAUUUGAACUUGCUUAAGAAUAAUUGCAUUGGUGUGAUUUUGGGAGCCUGGGGAGCAUCGGUGGUAGCCCCGUUAGACUGGGAUCGACCCUGGCAGGUGUAUCCUAUUCCAAAUGUAGUCGGUUCGAUCGGUGGACUGUUUGGAAUGAACGUGUUUAAUCUGCUGAGUACCGCUUAUAUUAAUAUGUAUCGUAAUCGGCGGACUAAAUCACUGUAGAAGCCGUUUACUGCACAGUAUUAAUUCAAAAAGAUUGCUCACAUUUCUAGUCUUGUAAGCCAAAA